CAACCCGAGAUGUUAACUACCUCGCCUGGUAUACAGGAGGUCGUUGCUUCGAUCCCGACACUGACAGUCUGUUGUAUUCUGGAAUGUGCACGUCUUAAAAACGUGGUCGUAUUGUCUGGGGCCGCACUAAAGGCCACCAGGGGCAACCGAAUGGCCUGCGGGCCUUGCAAUGAAGAACUCUGGUUUAGAGUAUUUGCCUGCGAAACAUUUCCACUAUAAGCCACCUCGUUGAGCUAUCAAUUUUGGCCAGGUCGCUUAAAAAAAACUAUAUAGAUCAGCGGGCCUUAUAUGGUGAAAUAAAAAUGGUUUAAAUAGUUUAAUGUGGUGAAUUAUGUCCAAAUAAUAAAUAACCCUCCCCCCCCCAUCCCCAGGACCCGCACAAGCGUGUGGGAGACCCUCAUCUAGCAGUGGAUUUACAAAGGGGGGAGGUGACGGGGGUGCAAGGACAUUCAUUGUUUAGCCAGACACAGCGACAAACUUCUACGGUGCCUAGCACACGUGACAUUACAAUUAUCUUCACGUGUCAUUAGUCAUGUGCUGUGGUUGUUCAGCCUGGACGCAAUUGAUGCCCAUUCAUCAUCAGUGGAGGUCUCGGAAUGAACCACUUCUGGCAGAAGGGGGGAUUUAGUCUAAUGCUUAAUUACAAUUGAAGUUAAAAAAGCGAACCGAACGCAAUCAAGAACUUAGCCGAAUACUUCCAUGGCUUUAUGAAGUAUACUUAAUUGAAAGGUGCCUUAAUUAUUGUAAAUUAAACCAGCGGCAGGGAACGAAUGCAAACAACGGCUCGAUGCAUCAUUGUACGCGUAAUACGCACCGCCCACAUCCCCCCACCCACCCCCACCGCGCUGAGUUCGAGAUGGACUCUUCCAUACGUGGUUUAAAAAAAAAACUCGUGGGGCAAGGUUUGUUGGGAGUUUGGUUUGGAAAGAGGAGUCCGGUGUGGAGUGGUUAAAAAACUUCGACCGACUUGGAGAGCGUUUAUUGUGCAGCAAGAGGAAGGAGUUGGAGAAGUUUGAGAGAAUCGCAAAGUUUUUUCGCUGCCAGGAUUGGGCCAAGAAGACUGACCCAAAUAGCAACAACUUGUCUCUCUCUCUCUCUUCAAAAGUUCCCGUUCAAACGAUUUGGAAUCGUCCUAAUCUCUCCCCACACCCCCACCGCACCGUUUGAAUUGAGCAACAAUGAAUUCGGCAGAGAAUCGACCCGUGACCAACAUCGCAGUGAUGGGGACAAGUCAAGUUGGUAAAUCUGCGCUCACCGUUCGCUUCCUGACGAGGAGAUUCAUCGGCGAAUAUUGCAACAUCGAGGCGGUCUACACACACUGCGUGGCAGCAACGCAGGGCGACGCGGUGCUGCUCAACAUAUGGGACUGCCCCUGCAGAGAGGACGAACGCCGGCCGUGGGCAAGCGGGCACGAGUCGCGCAUCACCUGGGCCGACGCCUUCCUCCUCGUGUACAGCGUCUGCGACCGUGACAGCUUCAACGCCGCCCUGCAGAUGGCCCAGGCGCUGCGGGACGCCAGGCGGCCGGCGGGGCGUGCGGCGCGAGCUCCCGCCGUCGUGGUGGUGGUGGGGAACAAGCGGGACCUCCAGCAUGCCAGGGCGGUCGGCACGCAAGAGGCCCGGGCCCUGACGGCGGCGCUGGGCUGCGGAUUUUUUGAAACGUCGGCUGCGGAAUCGCGUGACGACGCGGAGACGGUGUUCCAGGCCCUGCUGGGCGCCGUGUCCGGCAAGCGACGGGGGGGCGGCCCGAAGGCCUGCCGGCCGCCCAUGGGCAAGCGGGUGCUAGGCCUCAGAAGCCUGCUUAAGACCCUGUCUAUGCUGUUCUUGCGCAAGUGAGUUCGGCGGGGCCCGCUCGGUUUUUUUUUGCAUUUUAAUUUAACUGUUUAUUUUAUUGUGUCAGAGAUUUUUUUAUAGCGACUUUGCGCGGUUUACUUUGGAGGGUUUGUGGUUUUUUUUCCUUUCUUCAUUCUGUGAAUUGAAGAGGAGCUUUUUGGUGGAGUUGCCCUGAUUUUAUCGGGGCUUGCUCGCCGCGUGCCACGGGGACUCGUGUUUUUGGUGAACUAUUCUACCCGCACUGGGGGAAGGAAGGUUCGUGUGCUUUACAUUGGGUGGGUUGUUUGUGGCUUUGUACAUUUCUGUCUCGCUCAGGAGGAACUUGUUGAACGGCACGAAAAUAGCACGACCUGUGUUCACGUGGACUCCUGUGUCGAACCUUUCUCGCUUCUGCGGAAUAAAAAAAAAUCAAGCAACGAAAGAGACGCCGCUGCCGCACAAUUCCGCCCGCUGAGUGUCGAAUGCGAAUGCAAGACCGAGCCAAAGAUCGAGCGCGCUCCCCUCCUUUGCAAACGUCGUCCAUUCAUCUCGACGCUUUGUCGCCCCCUGAAUUUGAGGCCGCCGCUGCUUCCCCAUCGACGGCUUCCCCGCGGGUCGCUGGGCAGCGACCCGCGGGGCAGCGCCCGUCACGGAGGCGGCGUCGUCGUCCGUCUUCGUGUUGGCAGACGAGCGCAAGGGCCAAUUCAAUUCUCGCCCCGGGAUAACGCCCGAUCUUGUCAGAUCUCGGCAUCCUGAGUGGUUGGUUGAGCUCUGGAUAGCUCCGUGAAUUGGCGAUUACCACCAACGCAUGUUGAACCGCUUGUUGUCAUCAUUUGCGGGGGUGGCUAUGUUGUCUGAUGCAGAAGCGGGGUGGUGGGGGGUGGGGGGUAGUGCAGUUACAAUUCACUGUUUAAGGUGGGGGGUAGUGCAGUUACAAUUCACUGUUUAACUGCACCUCGACGUUUCCACGCCUCGUAUGCUGCCCGGCUUUCACCAACACGCACUUUUACCGGCGUGUUGAAGGGAUUCGGAGUGGGUGGUGGGGUAGCCACGCAGAAUUCACGUGAAUUUACUGGAAGCUUUAGCUUAUUCGGAUACAUCGAUGUUAUUGUUACGUUGACGUUCAUUAUUCUGGAGCGUGCACCAAGGGCACUGCCACACUUUGGAAGCUGGGGGGGGGGGGGGGCAUACGAGGAAAGUCUUCCCGCUGGUUCUUGGUUAGAUCACAGAUCGCGUCCCCACCUUCCCCCACCCCACUUUGUCACGGUUCAAGGUUUUCCUGCGCUGUAAUCAUAUUGAGUCCACACGUCACUGCUUGCCACCGACCAGGUGCGCAGCCAACCGUUUGUGCGCGACUGAGCAGUUUUAAAAGGCCCCUUCUUCCCCCUCGAUCGGGUGACAAACGCCGAUCGUGCUCAUCACCAUAAACAUCGUUUAUGUAGCCUUGUCGGAGGCGGAAUAUAUAUAAAAAUGACAAUAAACAAUACCCGGAUUGUUACCGAAAAGCACGAGCCACAUUUCUACAAACGGCCGUGGGUGUUCCGGAGAGCCUCGGCGGCCGCGCUACCCCGCGGCACUGCGCGGGUCAGCGACUCCUGACCCCCCUCCCCCCGCCACCCGUAGUGUCGGGCUUCAGCUUUGCGGGGCUGUUCCCGUCCAGCGGCGUGGGCUUCUUCAAAUCCAAGACCGGUGGGAGAGGUUAAUUAUUUGGCGACCGCUCCAAAGUGGCUUUGCGUUCCCCGGCGCAAGGUGCACCCUCGUUGGUGGGGGAGGUUGGGGGGUGGUUAGCCCGUCCUUAAAAAAAAAAGAUUCAAAAUCCGUGGCGCGUCGGCCGACCUCCCCCCCCCCCCCCCGUGCGCCGCGCGUAGGCGGCUGACAGCGUCGUCGCGAAAUUUCAGUUUAAAGGAAGGUCGCGAGCAAAGGCGGGGGCACACGCUCGUUCUUGAAACGGCACAAAUUGAGCGGGGUGCUUAUGGCACGCAAAAAAAAACCUUGACAACUCUAUCCACAAAGUAGACUUUGGUUGAGAGCAGGCAGAUUAAUUGGACGAGGGGGGGAGGGGGAAUAAAGUGAACUUUGGAAUUCGUUGUACCGUGCCUUCAGGGGAUAUUGCAAUUAAAAAAACUGAAAAGUCGCUUGUGAAGUGUUCCAAUGAAAUUGGCUUGGAUUAUAUAUAUGUCUAGAUUUUUUUUUUAAUGUUACGUCGUCAAAUGAUUAGUGUUCACAUCAUGGACCCCGUCGUCAGCUUUCUCAGGUUCUCGGGCUGGUGGCACGACCCCCCCCCCGCCCAGCCGGACGGUGGUGCAGCCCCCCAAACCCCUCAUUGCUCUCCGCUUGUAUCCGUGGGCGAAAUCGCGGAUUUCAUGACUGUUAUGGGGGGGGGGGGGGGU